AAAAUUUGUUAUUUUUUUCUGCUUUUGAAAAGGAACGUGGGAUAUGCCAUUUCAUCCUAGGUUGACAAAGGAGGACAUGUUUAAUGUGGAUGAAAACAAAAAGGUUCCUGUGCAGAUGAUGAAUAUGAAAGAGUACCUUGAUGUCUACCAUGACCAGGCAAUCAACACAAAAGUCCUCCAACUCAAAUUCAACAGCUCCUACUCCAUGCUGCUUUUGCUGCCUGACGAUAUGAGAGCUUUGGAACAAGCCAUAAGCCGAGAACAUGUCUCAAAAUGGAUGAAGUGGAAAAAGUCAAGGAAAUACAACGUAUACGUUCCAAAGUUCUCCAUCAAGACUUCCUAUAAGCUGAAUGACGUCUUGGCUGAAAUGGGAAUCACAGAUGUGUUCGGUGACAGUGCAAAUCUGAGUGGUAUCGCUGAAGAUACUCGGCUUUCAGUUUCAGAGGUUGUGCACCAGGCUUCCCUGGAUGUCGAUGAGAAAGGAGCCACUGCAGCAGCUUAUAUAGGAACUCGUUUUGUACCGACCUCCUUUGAGUACAUCCCAGUUAUAAAGUUUAACCGCCCAUUUAUAGUCAUCAUUAUUGACAACCAAGCACAAAACGUGCUUUUCAUGGGCAAAAUCCUCAACCCAAAUAUUUAAUGGAGGGGACUUGGGUUACAGCACAGCUCUUGCACCAAUAAAAUACAUUGAAAAACUC